GAGGGAAAUAUCCCUCACUAAUUAUCCUCAACCGAUUUUUUAGGAAAACUCACAUGGCCAGAAGCUGCCAGACGAACAACACAAGCAGCAGUGACUUUUUGAUUGGUUUUAUUUUAUUGUAAUUUACCAAAGUACAUCAGAGAACAGAAGAAACAAUACAACAGUUUUAAUAGGAAAUAUGUCACUCUCCGUCUCUCAGCGCUGUCUCUGUGCGCUUCUCAUCGCUCUCUGGGGCGGGAGUUGCUUCACUAAUGCCAUCCCGUUCAACAUAUCUACGGAGGGCAGCGGAGACGAACCCGAACUCAUCUUCCCAAUCGCUCGAACCACCCAGGUCCCUCCUUCCCCCUCCCCUUCUCCAAACAUCACAGCGACUUUCAUCCGCAUCAAAGACUUCAUUUUCAACGAUCUGGUGGACUUCUUGAAGGACAACCUGCUGCUUAUCAUAGUCGUGACUGCUCUCUUAAUAGUUAUCAUCUUCAUCGUCUGCUGUGCGUCAGCGAUGAGCCACAAACGCAAGCUGGAGGCCUACUAUCCACCAAAGACCUACGCACCCAGGAAAUAUAUGAGCCAACCCAGUAAAGGCAUGGAGAAAACAAAACAGACCAAGCCUCAUAACCAAAUCCAGGAUGGUAAGACGACUGCCGCGAAGACCUUGCGAGAACCCACUAAAGCACUGGUAGGGGAGAAGGACGGGAAAGAACCCCGGCCAAAACCGAAAGAGGUUGAGCAGGUGGUGGAUGUUGAAGAGGUGGAGAUGCAGAAAGAUGAAGGGAAGGCGAAAAUGGAGCCUCAGCCAAGCAGCUCAAAUGCCAACUCUAGUCAGCCUUUGGUCUGUACUUGCCAUCUCAGAAAGGCCAAUCAUCCAACAGCAUGAGAGAGCUUUAAAGGGUUAAAGAUAACUUUUUCUUCUUUUCCACUAGUCGGUUUGAAUAUUUUAGUAAGCGCCCAUUCCUUGUUUGAAACAUUUUUUAUAUGCAAAAGGAAAUCGUUGAAUAAUCAAAUUAUGAUUGCAACCUUUGACAUUGCCUUGUUAAAAAAAAAAAAAAACUUAAAAAAGUAAGUGUUCCUGCUGCCUAAAAAUGUUGAGUCAGAAUAAACUCAAAAUUUUAGGCAGCAUGAAUACUUACUUUUUUAAGUCGAAACAACAAAUCUCUUUUUACAGUAUUUUCACAGAAUAUUAUUUACAUUAGGAUGAUUUUCUGUUGAAAAAAGUAAAUCACAAAAAUUAUUUUAGCUGUUUUUUCAGAUACAUACAGUACUGUGCAAAAGUCUUAGGCCACCAUGCCAGAAUUAUAUUUGUGUUUUUGCAAUGUUAUAGUGAUAAUAAAUAAUUGUUUCUCAGACUCUUUAAUAUAAUACAUCCAGAAAAUACAGGAAAUGUGUAUAUAGUAUUAAAAACUGUAUAAAAAUGUAAACUGAUGUGUCAAGGUUUUAGGGUAAACUCCCCUUCCAAUUGAGCAAUAGCAGGAAACUGCAGGAUCUCUUAAACCUAAAUAAAAUUAAAUCCUAAUUUUAGUUUUAAAGAAAUUAAAGUCUUUCUACUUCAUUCUGCUCAAAAACGCUCAAAAUGUGUUUAGUGCCAAGAAAGGUCACACUAAACAUUGAUGAUGCCUAAAGACAUUUAGUCCUGAAAAUGUAAUUUUUUUUUUUUUUUUUUUACAUAUUUCAUGUAUUUUCUGUUUGUAUCUUAAUAAAAUAGAUUGAAAAACAAAUAUGGAUGGACAUUAAAACUUCUAAAACAAGAAGUCUGGUGAUGGUGGCCUAAGACUUUUGCACACUACUGUAUGUGUCACAUAUUUGUUGUUUUCUAUUUCUUUAAAUAUCAUUUUUUAUUAGAUGAACAAA